AUGGACGCAUCCACCAGACACGGGAACGGGGGUGUCAGCAUAAUUACAAGGCCAGAAACUGCAGCAAGCACCCUUGAAAUCCUAAACGACUCCGGGUACACUCAUCUAAAACACUUCGUCAACAAUAGCGCUGGACCAGCUUACGAAGUUACCGACAUCCCCGGUAAGGGGAAGGGAGUCUUUGCGACACGCCAUAUAAAGCGCGCCGAAGCAAUUAUGGCGGAUUGGGCCGCAUUGGUAGUGGACUUGGACCUCCCGACCUCGAUAUUGCGGACCGAAGGGUAUAAGCUAUUUCAUAGAGCUGUAGAUCAGCUAGCAGAUCCAGAUCGCGUGCUUCAGCUGGCUCGGAGCAGCGCGUUCUCAGGCGACAUCAUAGAGGAUAUUCUGAGGACAAACUCAUUUUCUUACACGCUGGCGGAUGAUUCUCAUAUGACAUUAUACCCGGACGUUUCUAGAGUUAACCAUGCAUGCCGUCCAAAUUCUUUUAUAAGGUUUACGCUUUCAAGUUUGGCCGUAAGUGUUGUGGCUUUAAGAGAUAUCGAGCCUGGAGAGGAAAUCACAAUUACCUACGUACCCAUAGGAAAUACAAAGGAAGAAAGACAGACGGCACUGAAGAAAUGGGGAUUUGAGUGUACAUGCUCACUUUGCACUGCGUCCAAAACCGAGAUCGCCGUAUCCGACUACCGCAGAGAGAAGAUCAAGGGGUUGCGCAAAGAAGUCAUGAACGCCGUCGGGCUGUGGGACGGAACCAGGGCUGUCAAGCUCACGCAUGAAGUCCUAGAACUUAUGAAGGCAGAGGACCUUACGCCGCUUUACUCCAGCCAGUAUGAGAUUAUGGCGCGGUUGUACUGGAAGGCGGGGGAUAAGACGACAGCGACUAAAUACGCGCAGAUGUCUUUAGACACGUUGGUAGACCAGGGAUAUAUCGAAGAUACCCCGGAUGCAUUGUCGAUAUUAUUACAGACUUUUGAUUAG